AUGGACCCUGCAAAUCCUCACACCAUACAGAUAAGUCUUGACGUGUUUUAUGAUAACAGGCCCUUAAAAAAAAAACUUCCUACUGAUAUACGUAAUCUAGAAAUAAUAAAAAAUAUCGAAUUUGUUAAAAUUUUAAACCAUUCUUUAAAACAAGAUAAAAAUGCUAUUGUCUCAUGGGUGAAUCGAUAUGAAGAUAUGUUGAAGAAGUUCUUAAAUAAAAAAAAAAAUAAAAUAAAAGAAGAGGAUCUUUCUUUUUAUUGCAAAAGUAUAAAUUAUCUUAUAGACAUCAUAGCACAAAGAAUUAGAAUGUUCGAUGGAAUUGAACAAGUAGAAUGGGAAAAUAACAUUCAGCAAAUCAGCAAAAGAGUAUUAAGAAAUAAUCAUUGGUUAAAUUGUGAAAGAAACCUCGAUAAUUAUGAAAACCGUUACGUCUAUGUUAAGAAGAUGAUGUAUGAUUUAUGUGAAGAUAUUGAUUAUAUAAUGAAUAAUGAAACAAUUCUUAAUCAUAAGCAUUGUCCUAUAUUUAUUAAACGCAUAGAAUAUAGAAAGGAUACAUUAAUGAAAAUAUAUAAAUCAUUUAUUGAUCGCAAAUAUUUUCUUUUAGACAAUGGUUGUACAAUUUCCAAUAUAAUCAACAAAUUUGAAAAUCUAGAAUGUAUGCCUAAAGCUAAACCAACGGAAGCUAUGUCAGAUAAUGGAGAUACAAUGUUAACUGAAACUGAGACACCUGUACAGGAGUCGCAAGGAGAUGAAAUAAGCAGCGAUGUAAUGCAAGCACAAGAUGUAGAAGAUCUUGAAUCAUUAUCACUUCAAUUAAAUAUAAAUGAGAACAGCCAUACAGAACCUAGGCUAGAUACUACCUAUGCUGCUGCUUCGCUUGCAGGAAUUUCCCUAUUUGGUACCAUAUUAUAUAAGGUAAAAUAUCAUUACAUAAAGGAAAUAUUAUGCACAAGUUUUAUAUUUCAUACCCUAAUGAAUAAUUUUGAAUAUUUACAAACUGGUAUACCAAAUGGUGAAUAUCAACUUGGAUACGGCUCUGUAACAGAUUACUAA